CUCCUUAGUUUAUACUCUUCAUUUUAAGUCCUCUUUCCCAGUAAUCACUCCGCCCAAAACGCCGCCGGAGAGGAGCCAACACCACCGCGCCCUAGUCGCCGUUGCUAUCGCCCAUCAUCCUCGUCACUGCCUCUUUCUCUAUCUCCUCUCAUUUGGAGUGUCAUUAUCACAUAAAAAACAGCAUGAAUUUUGCAGCAUCGUUGUGCAGAAGAUUAAAUAUCAAGGAACUCGUGACAAAUGUUCCUGUGUACAGAAGCACUGGUGAUGUUUCUGGAGAGGGAUUGAGUCUGGUGUUCCGUCGUUGGGCUACCAAAAAGACAGCUGGGUCCACAAAAAAUGGACGAGACUCAAAGCCCAAGAACCUUGGAGUGAAGAAAUUUGGUGGAGAGAGGGUAAUACCUGGAAACAUCAUUGUUAGGCAACGUGGUACUCGUUUUCAUCCAGGAAACUAUGUUGGACUGGGGAAAGAUCAUACUCUUUUUGCUUUGAAAGAGGGAUGGGUGAAGUUUGAACGCAACAAGCUGACUGGUCGCAAGUGGGUGCAUGUUGAGCCUAAGGAAGGUCAUGUCCUCCACCCUCUGUUUACAGAUGCUUCUGCAUCCGAACCAAAAGUAGCUGUCUAAGUCUGACCAAUUUCAUGCAUGAUCAAACUUCUUUUAAGUGAUCAAUUUUUUUGGCUUAUGUGAACUCCUAAAUGUUCCACCUCUGAGGUCUGUUACAUGGUUUUCUAUUGUAAUCAAUUAAAAGAUUUAUUCCAGAAGGAAUUAAUAAUAGGUGCUUCAGUUUUUUGCCCUUUUUUUA